GCAUAUGAUAACUUUUCUCACAAGAUACUAAUAUUCUGUUUAGCAUAAAAAAGUGAAUAUCCUAUUUCACCUUUUCAAUAUUAUCAUUGAACUUGUCUCAACUACCCCAUCCACCCAACAAGUUUAUCCAUACAACUUUAUACUUGUUAACAAUUAUUGAAUUCUUGAUUAAUUAAAUCACAUUAUCUCCCGAAAUUUUGAAAAAAAUAUUAUAGCUAUAAACCAAUGAGAGAUUUUCCCGACAAAAAGAAAAAAACAAGAAACCAUCAUUUACCAGCUAAUUAUCCACCUAAAAGAUGAUAAUACUGAUUACUUUUUUUUUUGCUUUACAUGGAUACAUUGUGGAGUCUGACUCGACAGAAAUAUAAUAUGCACCAUGUAACUAAACGAGUUUUCUCUUAUUUUUCGAAGUCAUAAUAUUUUUUUUUUUCCAUUUCAUACUUUUCAAUUAUGUUUUUCUUUACAUCGAUCUCAAAAUAUAAAGAAAGUAUCCCUUUUUCGCAUGGUCAUGAAAAUGAAGUUUAAUGGUAUUUCUCAGUUUAAAGGUAGUUCAUAAUCAUUUGCACACAUGGACUACGUAUGUGUUUAGACAUAUUGGACCACUUUUUUUCCUUUUCUCACUGAGAUGAUUAAUUCAUGAAGCACGCAAUUCCAUAACUCGGAACAAGUGCGUCACCCCCACAGUGGCCCCAGAAUGAUCACGCGAGUUUUGUCUACUAAUGUUAUAAUUAUUAUCCUUUUUACUUUCUUCUUCGUUAUUCUAUGAAUGAUUGGUUGUUUAAAAACCCCUCUACCUUAUUAUACAUGAAUCAUGAUGGCCACCUAAAUAGACAUAAUGGGAUGUUUCAAUGUGCUCAAAGACAAGUUCUAUGACAAGACUAAAGUAACUAACAUGGCUUCAAGAAGGUCACCACCCAAAGAAAGUAACAUGGCUUCAAGAAGGUCUCCACCCAAAGAAAGCACAUUGGCUCCACCAAAGUCUCCACCAAGGUCUCCACCCAAAGAAAAUACUAAGCCACAGGAAUUCAAACUCCACACUCAAGAAAGAGCUGUCAAGCGUGCAAUGUUCAAUUAUGCUGUGACAACAAAAUUCUAUAUCAUGGAGCUGCAAAAGAAACAAGAGGAGAGGCUGCAAAAGUUGAUUGAAGAGGAAGAGGUUCGUUUGCUAAGGAAGGAAAUGGUUCCAAGAGCUCAAUUGAUGCCUUAUUUUGAUAAGCCAUUCUUCCCACAAAGAUCAAGCAGCAGGAGUGUUCCAAGAGAAUCGUGCCUCCACAUGAUGAGCAGCAAGUGCUGGAGCUGCAGCGUUGGCAAUGAAAUUUACAGCUUGCACCACUAUGGUCACCAAGCUCUCAAACCCAUCAAGUAGAAGCUUUGUGGGAAAGAGCAUGUAAAAUGUAUUCAUCUUUGAAUGUCAUGCAUGUUGUACACUAUCCUUAGGAAACUUAGAGUUUUGUACCAUACCAUGCCCCCACAACCUAGCUCCUUCAUUAGGCUUCUGGAGAUGUUUUGAUGAUGUUUUCUUUCUCAUAAAAUAAAGAUCAAUCAUGUACUUUUGUUGUUGUGUCUUGAUCUUGAUUGGUAUUUCCAUAUACCAAUGUCAAUGUACCAAUAUUUUCACAUUCCAAUGCCUUGUACUUUUUGGAAAUCAAUAGAAUACAAUUAUCAUUUUGCAUCUGAA